ACGAAUGCGUUUGCAAGCCACUGUUGAUCCUUGUGCUGAGGCCUCUGAGUGUAUUCAUUCAGCGUCAUCUGGGCCUUCUCGUAAUCUAAAUGGAUCUGCUACCGUACGGCCUUAGGAGUCAGCUCGAGUGCAUCUCACGUGCGGUGCUGCUGUCACAGCCAGCCGACAUCACCAAAUUUUUAGAAGCCCAUCUGACUCAAAUGAUAGAAUUCGGAGGCACUAACCAAACAGAUCUUAAAGAGGUUGCAUUUAACUACCAAGAGCAAUGGGAGAGCGACUUCCUGAUGACGAUCAGCAGACAAAGAGAAAUCGCAGAGAUGGGAGUAAGAUUGUCUUCAUCGUCUCUGGCCAUUUCCAGAUCAUUAACUCUAUUUGGGGCUGAGAAGCUCUCAGUACCACUGUCACUGCCAUAUGAAGAGAUCCCUCUGUCUGGUACUGUGGAAAUAUGUGGAUCAUCGCAGAGAAAAAAGCCACAACAGGCUUUUACAGCCAGGACCCCCAGUCAAAAAGAAACAAAAGUGGCUAAAAAAUCUCCAGCAUCCAUCAUCGCACAGGUGCCACAUAAACCUUCUUCCCAAGGGACAAAAACAAAAGUAGUGUGCAGUGAAUACGUAAAGGAGGAGCGGAAAGUGCAGCAGAUCAUCGGGCAGCAGAUCAUCAAAUAUCCUCAACCUGCAAUGUCACCAAACUCCCUCCAGAAAGCCUCUCCACAAAAAAAGCCAAAACCGAAAAAGACACCCAAAACAAACAGUGACAAUUUCACUUGUUCACUGCAAGACUGCUUGUAUCAUAAAUCCAAAGAUCAGUGUGAUCAGGACAAGAAAUCGGAGCCAGUCAGAACCGGUACAGCGCCAACAGUCCAUAAAUAUCGGGGUGUUAAAAAACCUGAGAUAGGCCCUGGAUCUGAGAUAAGGGUCCCAUACAGACCCAAAGGAGGAAUGAUUUUUGAUCCAGAACUCGUGCCACUAAGUCCUAAGGUAUAG